AUGGCCUCGGCUAAACGGAUCCGCCAGGAUAUGGUCAACUCAGCGGUUACUUUUUUGCUCGACGGCACUAUUUCAAAUUCGCCUCUUGCUAAAAAGAUUGAAUUUCUUCAAUCCAAAGGAUUGACAGAUGACGAAGUUCAGGAGGCAAUUCGCCAAGCACAGACAUCAGCAUCCGGCACAAAGCCUAGUCAGCAGUCUUUGUCGAAGAUAGCAGGAUCUUCUGUCCCAAAUACUCCUCCAAAGGAUUACCAAAUAAGCAAUAAUCACGAUGAAAGCAAUAUUGGUAAAGAUGGCAGGCCAAUGUAUCCAAUGUACUAUGCAAACGCACCUCAACUUUCCUCUGAGCGUGACUGGAAGGAUUACUUGAUCCUGGGGGCUGCCACAGCUGGUCUGAUGUAUGGUGCCUACAAGGUAGUCCGGAACUAUGUGGUUCCUAAAGUUUUCCCCGCGUCUAAAAACGAACUUGAGAAGGAUAAAGAGUCUGUCGAUCACGAAUUUAAGCGUGUGCAGUCUCUUUUGGACAAGUUUGAUGAGGACCAGAAGGAGUUCUACAAGAAGCAGGAGGCGAAAAGUGCGAAGAUCGACGAAACCAUGGUGGAAAUAGAUAAGAUUAUCAGCAAGACAAACGAGAAGAACUUGCAGAACGAGGAAACACUCAAAUUCUUGAAGUUGCAGGUCGACAACAUCAAGAUGGCACUCAUGAAGUCACUGGAAAGCCAGAAGCAGACGAUUGGCACCGAGUUGGGCUCUCUUGAAAAGGAAGUUGAUGAUUUGAAGCUUGAAUUGAGGGCUCUUUCAACUGGGAAGCAGCCUUCGGGAGCCGAUUUUUUUACCAAAUCCAGUGAUUCUCAAAUUGCGCUUUCCUCCUCAUCAAGAGCAUAUUCUCCAGGGUCUUCUUUGCCCGAAUCCGGCCAUGUUGAGGGCCCAGACAAGAAAUCCAGGUCUAAUUCCGCCUCUCCAGACGCAUAUUCCAAUCUAAAGAUUCCUUCACCGGCUUCUGUUCCAUCUGUGAAUGAUAUACUAGGAAAAUCCAGCGGCAACAAGCCGGAAAUGGCCAACAUACACGAUGUGAUACAGAAUCAGGACGAAAAUAAGAAGGUUGAGCUCCCAGCAUGGCAAAAGGCUGCCCUAAAUGAAGAAACCUCGUCGUUAAACGAUCAGAAAGGCGAGCCUGAGGACUCGGAGGAAAUACCGUCGUGGCAAAUGAAUCCAGCAUCGUGA